GACAGAGCGCGCAGCGGCUGGGGAGAGCGGCAGAUCGCAGGGCAGACGCACGGAGGGCUCCCCAGGAGGGCCCUGGCGCAGGGCAAAGUCCCUAGGACUUCCCGGUGGAACAGAGACAGGCUGCGGUCGCCAUGAGCCACCUCUUCAGUCCCCCGCUGGCCGCUCUGGCAGCCUCGCCGCUGCUGUACGUGUACAGCCCCGAGAGGCCCGGGCUGCCCCUGGCCUUCGCCCCUGCGACUGCAUUGGCCGGCCCGGGCCGCGUCGAGCCCCCGCAGAAGCCGCCCUACAGCUACAUCGCGCUUAUAGCCAUGGCGAUCCAGGACGCUCCCGAGCAGAGGGUCACACUGAACGGCAUCUACCAGUUCAUCAUGGAUCGCUUCCCGUUCUACCACGACAACCGCCAAGGCUGGCAGAACAGCAUCCGCCACAACCUGUCGCUCAACGAGUGCUUCGUGAAAGUGCCACGUGAGAAGGGGCGGCCGGGCAAGGGCAGCUACUGGACCCUGGACCCCCGCUGCUUGGACAUGUUUGAGAACGGCAAUUACAGGCGCAGGAAGAGGAAGCCCAAACCCGCCGCGGGUUCCCCAGAGGCCAAGCGCACCCGGGUCGAGCCGCGGGAAUCUGAGGUGGGCUGCGACGUAGGGUCACCGAACCUGGCCACUGCACGCCCGAUGCACGAGCCGGAUCGCUCCCAGUCCCCGGCGGCGGGAGGCACCGCGCGGUCGGCGCUCCUUCCCUGGCCUGGCCCUGAGCUCCGGGACCCCGACGCGGACCGCACAAUCCAGGACGCAGGAGCAGUGGCGAGCGGCCAGCUGGAGCGCCCGGUACACUACCCGGUACACCACCUGGGGUCCUCUCUGCGCCCCGCCCCCAGCGGCUCCCCCAAAGGUUCCAAGUCAAAGAGUUUCAGCAUCGACAGCAUCUUGGCCGUGAGGCCAAAGCCGGCUUCAGGGGCUGAAGCACCGGGGAUCUCUAAGCCCCUGCCUGGCGCGCUGGGCUCCUCUCUGCUGACCGCCUCCUCCGGCCUACCGCCUCCCUUCAACGCUUCGCUGGUGUUCGACCCGCACGUCCAGGGAGGCUUUUCCCAGCUGGGGAUUCCUUUCCUUUCUUAUUUUCCUCUGCAGGUUCCCGAGGCCACGGUGCUUCGCUUCCACUAAGGCGGAUUAGCAGCUGCUUUCCCGCCCUGCGAUCCCCCACCUCCAGCGAGCCAAUGCCUGUGGGCGAAGUCGCCCUGGUCUCUGCCCUGGCAGAGAUUGUGGGUUUGGAGCUGCGGGCCAAACUCGGUGCACUGAGAGGCCACGUCCAUCUGCUUUCUCCGAUUCUGACUGAACCAUACACCGGUAGCUUUGCAGAUUUAAAAGACCGGUCCUAGAGGACGUGUUUGCCGCACUCUCAGCGCCUACAGCCCCUCAUUGGCCUCGGCGGCGGCGGCGUUGUACAGUGACCCACCACAAGUUCCCGCUAGGAGCUGAGUCUCCUGCUGACCCCGAGGGCAGGACUUACAGAUAGAGCGACGACUCUAUGUGGAGGGUCAACUGGACCACAGACCGCUCAGCGUCUCCGCGUUGCACAGGCCUCGGCUUUGACAUCUUGGGAUGGGGGGGGAGCUUGCAGCUAGGGCGCUGGAGAUGAUCCGUGGUCCUCCGAAGUGUCUGGGAGAGAUGCAGGCCUGGUUAACGUUUACAACCAAGGUUGAGCAAAAGCAGGCAGAGCGGAAAUGCCCAAUAUGAAUAGAUAAACCUUCUUCCAGACAGGGAAAGACUCAUUUAUUCUGGGCUUAUAAACCAGGCUCCCCUUGCUAUAGUUAGUAGCUUCUUUUCAGGCACCCCGUGUGUGGCUCCCCCACCACCACCCCAACUUUAAGGUGGCACAGUGAUGCAUUCCACGGCAUAGCCCUCUAUUGGCUUCUGCUUUUCUUUUUCUUUUUUCUGUGUGGAGGGACUAUGCCUCAAGGACAAAAUGUUUUUAUUUCCGUAGCUUUUCAAGAUCUACCUUUCUCUCCCCAUGAGACAUACUUUCCAGAAUCACAGAGUGAAGGACUCCAUGUAAUCAGAGAGGCCAGGGAGCAAGCCCACUCCUGAGUGUGGGACACAGCCUCCAGGCUCGAUAGGACUCUCUUCAGACAUAGCCUGUGGAACCCCAAGUCUGUGUUCCCUCCACACCCCUCCAGGGGAAUCUGGAUCUCGACAUUAUAUAAACACAUAAGAGGUGACCAGAGCGCGGGGGGGGGGGGGUAUCAACAAAGAGCUGACUAAGGCAAGCGAGUUAGUUGGUUACAGUUCAGUCCUGCUUCCAACUUUGGGGAAACCGCUCAGGCCUUUGUGGUGCCCCUGUUUGACCUUUUGGUGGGCUCUGCAACUCAGCUUCCGGAGGAAGGAAAAUGCUGGUCCUUGAGGCAAGAAAGGGCCAAACAUGAAUUCUAGAGCAUAGGCCUACAGUGAAGUCUCCCAACAACUGAGGUGUGCCCCCUCACACCUGUAAUCUCAGUACUCACAAGACGGAGGCAGGAGGAUUGCUGUGAGUUUAAGGCUAGCUUGUACCACAGAGUUAGACCUGUCUCUGACCGACCGGAGGAACAAAAUCCAAAACAACCACCUCCCAGGGCUUGGGCAAAAGUGCUUAAGAACUCUCAAGUCCCCUGCUGGUCAGCGUUGGGAAAGCAUUUUGGGCCGCUGUGAUAAUUCGGUCUCAUAGCCCAACCCAGGUCCCACCAGGUCAGUGGGGAGAGAGGACUGGACAGGGCCCUCUCUGAAGGUCAUUGCUCAGACUCCCUGGUGGAUCCAGGUGGCUAUGACUGAGCGGAGUGCAGCCGGAAGGCCGCCAUUGGAUGCCUCCCAUGUGUUCAGACUCUGAAUAAAGGUUUUUUUUUUUUCAUUAACCUCUCACUGACUGGUUCAGAGGAUCAUGAGGAGAUAAACAUGCAAUAUAACAGGAGAGAGAGAGCUCGAGAUUAUACCCGGGAACCCAGUCAGCAUCUUUGGCUGUACUGGGCACUCUUAGUUUUUCUUUCCAUUCUUGUGUUUGACAUGCUGUCUUGUGUGUGUUUGUUGAUUCGUGACAACUGACUUUUGAAGAAACCGCCGGUUUAACGCCCGCUGUUCUCAGAAGGCAGCAUUUUAGGCUUAUAACCCAAGAAGCCUUUGUAAGGCCAUCAUCUUUAAGGGGCAGACAGAUACAAGAGCAGGCAUCUACUUGGUGUGUUUACGCAGGAAAAGUCUAUCCAGCUUCCGCUCUCAUCAGGCACGAAAUCGCUGGAGAAUUGGACUGUGAGGAUGUUUUCUGUUCAGUCUGUGUGUUCCUCUCCUCCUGAGGAAAGGGGGGGGGGCUGGGUUCUCAAUAUCCAAGCAGUUGCUCUAAUGUCCCAUGUAUUUAAUUGGCUUAGUAGUAUAAAUGGUGAUGAUGAUGAUGAUGAUG